UCUAUACGUAGAAAGGUCAGUAAGUGAUCGAGCGAACUACGUGAAGAUUGAAACCUUCAAAAUGGCGUCUUGGCUACCCCGAACUUCUGGAAUUCUAUCCAGAUUUGCAACCAAAUCACAUGCGGGGCGUAAUGCAGGGAGUCGAUUGAGAUCGACGCAGACAGCUUCAGAGACCCUUGUCAAUGUACCGGAAACAAGGGUGACAACACUCAACAAUGGGUUCCGUGUAUCCAGUGAAGACUCUGGAAUCCCCACAGCCACAGUUGGUUUAUGGAUUGAUGCUGGAAGCAGAUACGAGAACGCAAAGAACAAUGGAGUGGCCCACUACCUGGAGCACAUGGCAUUCAAGGGCACAUCAAACAGAACACAGAUGGAGCUGGAGUUGGAGAUAGAAAACAUGGGUGCUCACCUCAACGCAUACACCUCGAGGGAACAGACAGUAUACUAUGCCAAAUGCUUUGAGUCAGAUGUCCCCAGAGCUGUUGAAAUCCUUGCUGACAUCAUUCAGAACAGCACUCUAGGAGAGGCUGAGAUUGAGCGGGAGAGGGGUGUCAUUCUCCGAGAAAUGCAGGAAGUUGAAACAAAUCUUCAAGAGGUCAUCUUUGAUCAUCUCCACGCUACAGCUUACCAAGGAACACCUCUGGGUAGGACUAUCCUAGGACCCACUGAAAACAUCAGGUCUAUCAACAGGGAUGAUCUCCAGAACUACAUCUCUACUCACUACAAGGGACCUCGCAUCGUGCUCUCAGGAGCCGGUGGUGUCAACCAUGACGAACUGGUCAAACUUGCUGAAAAGCACUUUGGCAACCUGGGAACUGAAUAUGAGAAUGAAAUCCCAGCUCUGACCCCAUGCAGAUUCACCGGCAGUGGCAUCACUGUCCGUGAUGACAAGAUGCCACUGGCCCACAUUGCCCUGUGUGUUGAAGGUGUCGGCUGGGCCCACCCUGAUAACAUCCCUCUCAUGGUGGCCAACACGUUGAUUGGCAGUUGGGAUCGUUCAUUCGGAGGUGGAGCAAACACAUCGAGUCGACUUGCCAGAGUUGCAUAUGAAGACAACAUCUGCCACUCCUUCCAGGCCUUCAAUACCUGCUACACCGACACAGGCCUUUGGGGAGUAUACAUGGUGAGUGACCCUCUGAGCGUUGAAGACAUGGUGUACCAUGUCCAGAACCAGUGGAUGUACCUGUGCACCAGUGUGACAGAGUCAGAGGUAGCACGCGCCAAGAACCUACUCAGGACCAACAUGCUACUGCAAUUGGAUGGGUCGACCCCAAUCUGUGAAGACAUUGGCCGCCAGAUGCUCUGCUACGGACGUCGUAUUCCACUCCCAGAACUGGAGGCAAGGAUCGACAGCAUCAGUGCCAAGACCAUCCGUGAUGUGUGCACCCGUUACAUCUAUGACAAAUGCCCAGCUGUUGCUGGAGUCGGACCUGUGGAACAGCUCCCGGACUACAACAGAAUACGUGCUAGCAUGUACUGGAUCAGGCUCUAACCUCAAUUCUUGAGAGGAGAUUAGAGAUCUAAAAAAUGAUGUUAGAGAAUUUAUUUGUGCAAGAGUUUUAUAUAUCAGCGUUUGCUGUUUGUGUUAUGAUGUAAGAGGACGUUUAUUGAGGCAUCCCGAAAUUCUGAUUAUAUUUUCAGAAAGUCAACAUCAUUUUCGUCUAUUCCACUUUUGGAAAAGAAAAAACACACAAUCACAUAUGAAGACUAGAAGUGAAAGGUGAUAUGAUGCAUCUGCUGUGUAAUUGAUGCAUUGUCAAUUCCACCAGCUGUUCUGUCCAAAUAUGAAUAAUGAUUGACUAUAAAUGUAUUUAUAAAGUCUAUUCAUGACUUGGAUGUUGCACAAGAAGAAGAAUUUAACUUGUCCUGAAAUUUCACUGAGAAAAAUAUAUCUGAACCAGGUAAUAAACUAAUCACCUUCUGCUUGGGGGUGGUCAGAAGUAAUUACAAGAAUAAAUCAUAUGGGCAUCUUGUAAAUUUCUGUGUAGAUUAUUUGCCAUAUGACCACCCAAAAGCUUUUUACACAACUGCUAUAAAAUCAGUCCAUUCGCUCCAAGAAAAAAUGGAUCAUCACAUUUCAUAACUCUAUAACUAGUCAUAGGGACUUCAUGUCAAUAUUGUAUGACAUGAUGAUGUCAGUAGCACUAUGGAGAUGAAAAUAAACUGGCAACUUCUGUGUUAUAUGAAACUGUA